GGUGUGGUGGAGGUGCGCUCACUGGCUGGUUUGAAUGAAAGCAGAAAGUCGUCGAACAGGAAAGUCUGCCUGCAACACACCCGCCUGUUGAAUACCUGUGAGGUAGUCCCGCAGCUGGAAGAGCUCGUGCCUCGGUUUCAUACGCAGUUUAGCUUCACCAUAAGCUGCUAAAAUGAGCAAAAUAUCAAAAUUCUUCAAGGGGAGCUCCAGCUCGUCGAGCUCGUCGAAGUCCAAACACCACCGGUCGAGAGGCGGUGGACCUUCACCCCAAGAGGCCAUCCAUAAACUCCGGGAAACAGAGGAAAUGUUGACGAAGAAACAAGACUACCUGGAGAAGAGGAUAGAGCAAGAACUUAUGAUAGCCAAGAAACAUGGAACCAAGAACAAGCGAGCUGCCCUGCAGGCCCUGAAGAGGAAGAAGCGAUUGGAGCAGCAGCUCACACAGAUUGAUGGCACACUUUCCACAAUCGAGUUUCAGAGGGAAGCUUUGGAGAACUCACAUACCAACACGGAGGUCCUGAAGAACAUGGGCAUGGCUGCCAAUGCCAUGAAGAAGGUCCAUGAAAACAUGGACCUUGACAAGAUAGACGAUCUGAUGCAGGACAUCACAGAGCAACAGGACGUCGCCAAGGAGAUCAGCAACGCUAUCUCUGGACCAUUCGGGGAGGUAUUUGAUGAGGAUGAGCUGCUGGCAGAACUAGAAGAGUUGGAGCAGGAGGACCUUGAAGACAACAUGAAGAGUAUGGGCGGAUUACCCAGUGUGCCGAGCACCAAACUGCCCUCAGCACUGCCCAGUCAUCGCGCAACAACCAAGAAAAGGGCUGAGGAGGAAGAGGACAUGCGUAUGCUGGCAUCAUGGGGGACAUAACUUUAACAGUCCUUUUCUUUUUUUGAAGAAAGUCACACACAGAGAUCCGUCUUUUUAUUUUUAUUUUUUAUUUGAUUUUGAAGGUUUCUUGGGAAAAUGAAGAGCAUUAUAUAUUUUUAAAAUAACUUUUUGGUUUCUUUUCUUGUAAUUCUACUUAUUUGGUUAUAUUUAUCAAGAAAUAAAGACUUUUAAUGAAGGAAUCAACUCCAUCUGCUUUAAAUAUUCUUCCCAUGUCUUUAGAUGUUUUUGUCUUCUUCUUUCCUGAAGAGUAUCUUUUUCUUGCCAGUAUAGAGAGCACUCCUUUCAGAGGCCGCAUUAAGACAUAAAGAGGAUAUGACUCUGAUGUUUUGGAUAGAUGGUCUAGAAAGCAUCAUUGUAUUUCAUACGGCUGUAAAUAAAGUUCUAAUUCCCAUUAAGUAUGUAAAUAUUUUGCUGUUCAACAAUAAAAAGUCCUCAAUA